CCCCGGCCGCAGCUGGCGCACACCCUUGUGGGCCACACCGAGUCGGUGCUGUCCCUGGCGCUGAGCCCCGCUGGCGACCUGCUGUUCAGCGGCUCCUACGACCAAACCAUACGGGUGUGGCGCACCACCGACUGGCACUGCCUGCGGGUGCUCAAAGGGCACGGCGGCGGCGUGCGGGCGCUGGCCGUCGCGCCUGAUGGCGGCAUGCUUUACAGCGCCGCUGCCGACAACACUAUUCGGCUGCGGUACGACCAGAAGGCAGGCAUGUCUGCCCUGCUCUUCUCCCCGGAUGGCAGCACGCUGUACAGCGGUGCCAGCGAUGGUACGGUGGCUGCAUGGCGCCUG